CAGAUAAACUAUUCUUACAGUGACAGGAUCAUUUAGUACGACAGUAUAUCUGCAACAAAACACUACAAGCUCUGCCUUCUCAUCAGUGCCUGAGCCACCAUGCUGGCAGCCAUGACGCUGGCCUCUCUGAGCCUCUGGGUGUGGGCGUCUGACCUCUGCCCCCCUGUCUGCCAAUGUCUCCACAACCUGACCACCAUCAUGUGUCAGGACAGAGGCCUGGACCAGAUACCUGAGCUGCCAGAGAGCACAGAGAAGCUGUACGUCUCCUACAACAACAUACAGGAAAUACCCAGACAUGGGCUGGAGGAGCUGCAGGUCCUGGAUCUGACUAUGAAUGAGAUGAAUGUAUUCCUAUUGCUAAACCCAGUUUGGCCCAACAUGACCAAGCUCUCUAAGCUCUUCCUACCCAACAAUAACCUGUCGUUUCUGAAAUCGGAUCAGUUCCUAAAUUGCCCCGUUCUUACCUUACUUGACCUGAGUUGGAACCAGAUCGGAGAUAUACCGACUGGAUUCCUCCUUGGAUUAGCUCAACUGGAGACGCUGGAUGUGAAAUGCAACCAGAUUAAACUGUUACAGGUUGGGGCAUUGGAAGGUGCCUUCAACCUAACUGACCUCAACCUAAGCCAUAAUAAUGUAUCCAAUUUAGAGCAAGGUGUGUUCAAAAACUCUGCUGUGUUAGAAAAGCUUGAUCUGUCCAGUAACAGAAUCACAAGUAUUGGUGAGGGCACCUUUAGAGGAGCGACAGGUCUCCAAAACCUGGACCUGAGUGGCAACAUGCUGGUCACUGUUCCAGCUGAGGCAAUCAGGGAUAUAAGCAUGCUCAGGAAAAUCAAUCUACAGUUGAACAGACUCACUAGCCUUCCAGAGGAUUGCCUCUCUUCAAUGUGCCGGUUAUUUCAUCUAGACCUGAGCGACAACAAGCUGACCUCUCUGUCUGAGGGAUCGCUGAGAGGCCUGACCAUGCUGAGUGAGCUGGACCUCAGUCGCAACCUCAUAGAUUCUCUGCCCUCAAAAGUCUUCAAUGACCUGAUAGGCCUUGAGAUACUUGAUUUGUAUGAUAACAGACUGACAUCUCUUCCUCUUGACAUAUUCAGUAACCUGAAAAACCUCAAAGAACUGCAGCUGGAGAGCAAUCAGAUCUCUGCCAUUCCAGUUGGGGUAUUUGAUUCGUUGUCCAGACUCAAAGAGUUACAGCUUUCAAAGAACUGCAUCCUGGAGCUCCAACCUGCUCUGUUCAACAAGCUCAAAUCACUGCAGAACCUGGACUUGGACAACAAUGCACUGAGGCACCUUCCCAAAGGCCUUUUCCACAAGACGAGGGUUGUCAAGGAGAUACACUUCGAUGACAACCACAUCAGGUCCAUACAUCACUCAGUCUUCCACGGUUUAAGAAGACUAAGUUCACUGAAGCUCUCUCGCAACCAUCUCACCUCUCUACACCCAGACCAGUUCAGAGACCUUAUCAGUUUAAAAGAGUUACAUCUAGAUGCCAACCACAUUGGAGACUUUCCUACAAGCCUGUUCAUGAAUCUAACAAACCUUAUAACUCUGGAUCUGGACAAUAACAGUAUCUCAGAGCUUUCUCCUGAUUACUUUGUAGGGUUGACAUGCCUUAAAGAGCUCGGGUUGAGCUUCAAUCAGCUCCAUGACAUCCCGUAUAACACCUUCUAUCCCCUCCACCUUCUCCGCAAGCUUCAGCUAAAGAACAACAGCCUGGAGAGUUUACACCUUCAGCUCUUUGCCCGACUUUCGAAGCUAACAGAACUCAACUUGGAUGGAAACAAGCUGGAUCGCCUGCAGCCUGAUGUAUUUCAAGGACUUACAAACCUCCAGAGAUUGAGUUUGAAGUCCAACCAGCUCAGAGCAAUGGAGAAUGGGACUUUGGGGCCUUUGGGAAACCUAAGCACUGUUCAUCUGUCAGGUAACCCGUGGGACUGCACCUGUGCACAUAUUCUCUACAUCAGCCGCUGGGUCAACAUGCACAGCGAUAAGCUUGGAGACGAGCCCCUUUGCUUCUUCUCCUCUUCUUCCUCACCAUUAACUAUCGAUACACCCCUUUCUCAGGCAGCUCAGUCUCCCCAGCUGUUACAAGACCAAUGCAUGACAAGAGCUGCAAGUGGCUCAUCACUGUCAUUUCCUCUAGAAAUGCUGAAGCUGAUCACAAUCUCUCUCCUAGCUCUCAGCACACCGUGACAUCCUCUGUGGUGGUGUUGUGUUCUCUAACUCUUCUUCCUGCUCUCGGUUUUCAUGUCUGCUCUUUGUUCUCAAUAUACUGUAGUGGUGCAAGUCAAAUGGCCAUUGUGCAAUGGAUUCAUUAUGCAAAAGUGCAAUAUUAACAUAGAUCUUGCAAAAAUGCUAACUUAAAGGUGG